CAGCCACACGCACACAGACCAGAAGUCUCUGAGCAAGAACGCGGGCUGUGAUUGGUCAGUUUCUCCGUGUACGCUCAGGAAGUUCUCUGACUAACCCCACAUAAGCAGGACGGCUGCUGGGGAAAUACACCGAGGGAGGGAUUUCUUUACCCUUCCCGACACACUUUGGAAAGGCGAAUUUAAGACACUAACACCUGACAAGAACGCACAAUCACAGGUUAGAAGGUAUAAAAAGGGGCCGGCCUACAGCCUGACCAUCACCAUGGCUGGCUACGCCCGAAGGCACUGUCUUUACUGGGAAGAAACAGAGUGCCUCAACUACUAUGGGAUGCUGUCUCUCCAUGAGGUCUUCAAAAUAGUGGGCUCUCAGCUGACAGAGACUGACAUUGAGGUGCUCUCUUUCCUCCUGAAUGAAACCUGCACCGCAGUACACCCCUUGGACCCUGCAGGUUGGACAGUCAAGCCCUACGACGGUGACCCACCGGACUCAGGCGUCACCCCGAGUCCCAUGCUCCUCACAGCCUGGAGGCGGUUACAGUCCCAGGGCUCCCAACACCCAAUGGUACAAGCGUCGUACAAGUUCAAGAAUGGUCUUGAGUUGUUGUUAGAGCUGGAGAGGCGAGGAUACCUCAGUGAUGGAAACCUGGAGCCACUUCUGCAGCUCCUGAGGGUCCUCACACGUCAUGACCUGCUGCCUCUAGUGUCCCACAAGAGAAGGAGAACAGUAUCUCCAGAAAGAAUUGAAAGGCGACAUGGAGUACAACACAGAGAGUUGUUGUGCACGUCUGGCUUGCGAAGCUCCUACAGACAGGCAGAAAUUCCUCUUCCUUCCUUCACACAGCAGUUAAGAACAGGGUUUGACCCUCUAGUGUCUGGGCGAAGGAAAAGGAGAAAGAAGAGGGGCAAUGGCUGGAGUCGCAGGCCCAAAAAAAACAACAAACAGGUCCAUCCCUUGCCUCCACCAGCACCGCCUCAGAAAGCAUCAUGCAAUGUCCGCCUAAGGGUCCGAGCUGAAUAUCUGGAGCACGAAUCCGCCCUGCGCGACGGCGUCUCUUCCGACAAGCAACAGCCCCUGGAGCGCCAGUUUGAGUUGUUCAGCAGGGCCGACUCGCUGCUGCGCGCCAGGGACCUGGGCUCCAUCGUGUGCGACAUUAAGUUCACCGAGCUGGGCAACCUGGAGGCUUUCUGGGGGGACUACCUGAGCGGGGCGCUGCUGGAGGCCCUCAAGGGCGUCUUCAUCACGGACUCGCUGAGGGUGGCGGCGGGCUCCGAGGGCAUCCGCUUGCUCAUCAGCGUGGACCAGGACGACUACGAGGAAGGCCGGCGGUUGCUGAGGGCCAGGAGGAUGCUGUCGUCCAGUACCGGUGGGCACAAAAACAAACACUAGGGAAUAUGAAGUGACUUUGACUGUUUAUGUAUUUGUAACUGGAACGCGGAUGUAAGCCAUAGGAAGUUGGAGGGAGGUUGAGGCAAUGCCUUUAGCGAUCACUAGAUGGCAGCAACUACCAUUUGUUGUUACAGGCCUUAAACGUUUUUAAGUUCAGACAUUACCUGCCAUGCAAUGAUCAUUUCCUUUUCAAUUCACGCCCGGGUGCUAUUAAAUGAAAGAAGACCAACCUUAGGAGAGAGCAGAACCAACAAGGAGACUCAGUGCUAAGCCCCUGUAAUAUAAUUAGUAGAAAUCCAGAAGGGGGCACACGUGCAGCUUGACAAGUUCAAAAUCUUGUUUGCCAUCAAGACGUUAGCCAGGAUUUAUUUAUUAAGGACUAACUUUUUUUCUGCUACAUCUAAUGUCGGUGAUAGAACUGAACUUUGCGUCUUAACUUUGGAGAACCAGGCCCGCACACUAGCGCGCCCGCUUAAGAUAACCCGUAUGGGAAGAUAACCCAGCUUGUGAUUGCCGUGGUCAGUGGGCAACAGCAGUUAGCUGUCAGCAGACCAUGGAGGAGCUGUCGUCUUCAUCUACUACAGCCAGGAUAUUGUGAAGGCCUCGUGGCCCAGCAGGUAGAGCGCAGACAGGACAGUGUGUCACUCAAUACGAGUGAUGUCCGGGAGAUCAAAAUCCAAAGUGCACACAUCCUGGCUGCACUCAUCCCUGCUAGACUUGUCUAGUCACCCUGCUGGAACUAAUGCCUGGACUUCGCUGGGAGAAAACGAUCAAUAAGGCCCCCCUCCCUCACAUCUUAAGAACACUUGUAUAGAAACCACUAAAGCAACCAGGUCUGAGUUACUGGGGUGGUGGUGGCAUGCAGGACUUUUUUGACAUUUUUUGUAAAUUUAAAUAAUUAUGUUGAGGGGGAAAAAAAGUCUACAGGAGAACUUUUUGUUCAAAUAUUGCUUGGUUUAUGUUGGGGUCAACUAUAUUGGGAAAUAAAUGUAUUAUGGGUGAUUUAUUGUAUUAAUAAAGGUGUGGUGGCCCAUUGAUGUUUU